AUGUCUACGACGUCGACUCGUACGGUUCGCAAAAUAGCCUUGGCUGUUUUGUGUGCAGCAAUUCUCGCCUCGCUGACUUCCAGACUAAGCGACGAUGACUUCGCGUUCAGAGCAGAAAGAAUCAACAAAGUGUGUCGCACGUACCAGGCGGCCCUGGCGGAUCCCAACAGACGCAUUCCGAAGCGCAACUUCAGCGACGAACGGCCCAACCUCUGCCACAUCCGAGAUUGUCCCAUCAUGAUCGACCCUGUACACAAAGUUGGCUACUGCUUCAUAAACAAGGUUGCAUCCACCACAGUCAAGUCCAUUUUCGGGGUCCUGCUACACAUCAGAAACACGGGAAGCACAGUUUACAGCAUACACAUGGCCUUUCAUGAGCAAGUCCUCACAGUCUCACACAAGACGUUUCUACAGAGGAGCAGCCAGGAGCGCUACACAACCGCCAUGUUCGUGAGGCACCCCUUCGAGAGGCUAGUAUCCGCUUACGUGAACCAGGCGCUGGGCCCACGUGCUGAAAAUGUCUUUUUUUACAAGCGGUACUGGAACGACGUGCCUGGCGUCAGGGAAACGGGGCGGGACUUGACCUUCCCGGAGUUCGUCGACUACAUACUGAAUCAAAGAAUGAACCAGAUGAACCCUCAUUGGGCUCCGUACUACAUAACGUGUCAGCCAUGUACUAUCAAGUACGACGUCGUCGGAAAGCUGGAGACAGCAAGCAGGGACUUUGCGCUGUUCCUCGGUGCACUGGGUGUUCGGCCGGAGGACAUUCCGCAUAAAAACAAGGGUGGCAAACAAGGGUUCCGCAAAUCUGCCCGGGAGUUUUUUAAGGAGCUCACUUUACAUCAGGUGAUGCGUUUAUAUGAGCGGUUCUUCUUCGACUUCGAGAUGUUCGGGUACGACUUCAGGGACUAUCUGCACUGA